GGGUCAUCAGCACGCCUUAUGAAUUGUGGGGAUUGUAUUUCUCUCUCAUCUUGGUGAUUUAUUUUGGUUACAUUUCUCUUUCCUCUCCUUUAGACGAGACUGUUGUUAAGGGAGGCUUAAUCUGCGCUAGGGUUUGAUUUUAGGUUAUGCCUUGUUACAAUCUGGGCACUAGCUAAGAUUCAGAGAAUUUGAGAGAUGCGUUUUGGAUGUAAAUUUUUUGAACUUCUUCAAAGUUGCAGAGGUUUGCAUCGUAAAAAAAGGAAGAUGAAGCGAGGGAGAUUUUACCUUUGCCCAAUCUUUCCUUGCGGUGAAAUUUGUGUGAAAAAAUAUAAAAAACGCCAUGUUUUGUAUUUUAAGAAAAGUCCUUGCUAUCAAAAGUUGUUCCCAAAUGAUAGGGAGAGAGGGACAGCAGCCAAGUCAAAACUCUGUAAUAACGGAUCUAAGAACGAUUCUUCUCCCUUGACCUCAUCACACUCCUACACAUUUUUACUACCACACUCAACUGAUACAAGUUCAUAUACAUACCCAUCUCUCUCUUUCUCUCUCUCUCUCUCUCUCGCCAUGGAUGACGUCAAGGUAGUGAUCGCAAAAUUGAAGAUUUGUGCGACUCUUUUCUCGUUUCCAAUUUUGGGAGUAGGGAUAUGGAUGCUAUGCAUGACCGAUGCCGAUUGCGAAUACCUUCUUCGAAUGCCGAAGCUUAAGAUCAUCUUAGGAGUGAUGUUGAUUAUCAUCUUUGUUUUCAGUAAUGUGGCAGCGGUCUCACCAGUUAGGAUGCUGUUGUUUACAUGUUUGUUUGUGAUGUUUUUGCUCAUAGUGAUUCUCAUUCUAGGUAUCUUAUUAGUAGGGUCUGAUGGAGCUGAGAGUAGAGGAGUGAGUGGCUCACCUCGCUGGCUACAGAUGAGGGUAAGGAAUACAGAGAACUGGCAAAAUGUGAAGAGCUGCAUUUUCACUCUUGAUAUGUGCGGUGAUCUCGCACAAAGAACCAUGCACAUGACGUCGUAUGAUUUCAACAUGAUGAAGCUUACUCCGAUUGAGUCAGGGUGUUGCAAGCCUCCCUUGUCAUGUGGCAUGAUAGGCGUUAACGCUACCUAUUGGGAACCGGAGCCCACAGGAGAGCAAGAACUUAGUAAUAUGGAGGAUUCAGAUUGUGCCACGUGGAGCAACCAGAGGAACAUCCUGUGCUACAACUGCAACUCUUGUAAAGCCGGUUUUUUACAGAGCCUACAAAAAAGGUGGCAAAAAAUCGGCAUAAUCCUAAUUACCAUGGUUGUCCUCGAGCUCCUCCUCCAUACCCUCAUUUUUGUUGCCGUUAGAUGGAAACCUCACCCUAAGUCAUAAAAAUGUGAUAAUUUUCUCUCUUUGUUAUUACUUGUUUGCUUGUAUUCAUUUCCUGCAAUAAGAGUGUGAACAUGUUGAAUUUCAUACAUUUUCUGCAGUUUUCAUCA